GGCUUCCGCUUGUCCAACUCUCGCCUCGGCGGGAACCAACGCGCUUCGGAAGCGGAGGAAAGUGAAAGCGAGGAGCGGCUGGUGAUGACGAAGGUUGGAAGGAGAAAGUCGGCGGCGGCGGGGGAGGAAGAGAGGAAAGUGCGCGUGCGCGCGCGCGCCUUUCGCUGCCACCGCUCUCUGACGACUCCGAUCGCGUUCGCGGGCGCGGUGUGUGCGACGCGGCGGCGAGACGGCGUGGUGCGCCUCGCCAGAGAAUGCACGGCGACGGCCGAUACCGGAUGAGCGCCGUUCCUUCCCGUCGUAGUCACUGCUUCUGACGCGCCUCCGCGCGGCUCUUGAGCUUCCCGUGACGCCGCUCUCCCUUGGACGGACGCGGGGCUACAAGGAACGCGCCACGGAGGCAUGCAUCCCGGAAGCACGAUGGCAACAGACGCCGAAGCCGGGAAUCCUGUCGUUCAACGGAGCAUCAGUUCGCUACCAACGACGAAGCGAUGUCUCCGCCUGGACCGAACGCCCCUGGAGAGAAUCCUGCUGUUGCUUCUGGUGGUGAUGACGUCAGUGUGUGCUAUUAUGCUCAUCCUUCUGGCCAGGCCGCCCACGCCACAGCAGCGGGUGCCGUUGAACGACGAGACACCCAGCAACGCAUCUAGUACAAGGAAAGAGUGCUUCGGCGCAGCAUGCAAAAGCGUGUGUAUCACGGAGGCCUGCGUUAAAGCCGCGGCCGCCAUACUGCGGAACAUGGACCCCAACGUGGACCCGUGCUCGGACUUCUACGACUUCGCGUGCGGCCGCUGGAAACAGUACCACGUGUUGCCGCCCGACCGGCCGCACUCGGACACGUUCGCCGUCAUGAAGGACGAACUCAAGGUACUGCUCAAAGAGCUGUUGGAGUCGCCGAUCGACGCAUCCGACAGCAACGCCACCAUCAACGCGAAGAACUUUUACACGUCCUGCCUCAAUGAGACCGUGAUCGAGGCCCUGCGUGAGAAGCCGCUGCUAGAUCUGCUGCAGACCGUCGGCUCGUGGCCCGUCAUCACGCCUAACUGGACGGAGGAGGGCUUCGACUGGCUCAACCUGACGGCCGUCAUGCGCAGGCACAGCAACGACAUCCUCUUCGCGCAGUGGGUCUCCGCGGACAGCAAGAACUCGACCGUCAACGUUAUACACCUGGACCAGGCCGAGACGGGUCUUCCGAGCCGCGACUACUACAUUCGCGGGACGCAGCAGGUGGAGGCCUACCUGCGGUUCAUGGUCUCCGUGGCGCAGCUGCUGGGAGCCAAUCGGACCACGGCCAUGCGCGACAUGGAGGACGCCCUCAUGCUGGAGGCCAGGCUGGCCAACCUGACGGAACCAAGCGAGCUGCGGCGCAACUUCACGGCCAUGUACAACAAGUGGACGGUACAGGAGCUACAGACGAGGAUCCCUCUGGUGAACUGGACGCACUACUUUGAAGUCGUCAUGCCCAUGGAUAUACCACUUUCCGAAGAAGUUGUCAUCUUCGCACCGAAGUACAUCAAGGCGAUGUCUGAGCUUCUCCAAACUGUUCCCAAAAGGGUGGUGGCUAACUACAUCCUGUGGCGCUUCGUCUCGAAGCUGGUGGGCAGCUUGGACAAGCGGUUCGUGGACAAGCAACAGGAGUACUACGGCGCCAUCUACGGCACCCAGUCGACGCCCCCGCGUUGGAAGAGCUGCACGCUUCUGGUCAACAAGAAGAUGGGCAUGGCCGUCGGGGCUCUCUUUGUGCGGCGGCACUUCAACGACAAGAGCAAAAAGAAGGCCGAGGAAAUGAUCAAUGACAUCAAGGAGGCGUUCUUGGAAAUUCUAAUGAAUGUUGACUGGAUGGACAACGAAACCAGGGAAGUGGCCAGAGAAAAGGCCGAGCUUAUGACUCAGAAGAUAGGAUACCCUGAGUACAUAUCAGCUCCGCAAGAACUGGACAAAGAAUACGAGGUAGAGUUCAGACCCGACACAUACUUUGAGAACAUCAUCAAGAGCCUUCGCCACAGCGCACUGAAGAUCGAAAUGAAGCUCAGGAACGACGUGGACAAAAACGAGUGGAUCACUUACCCCGCCGUCGUCAACGCGUUCUACACGAGAUCGAAGAACUUCAUCAGUUUUCCGGCCGGAGUGCUGCAGCCUCCUCUGUACCACCAGCACUAUCCCAAGUCUGUCAAUUACGGCGGCAUCGGCGUCGUCAUCGGGCACGAGAUAACCCACGGCUUCGACGACAAAGGACGUCAGUUCGACCAACAUGGCAACCUGAAGCAGUGGUGGAAACCUGAGGCGCUCAACUUGUUCCACUCCAAGGCGCAGUGCAUGAUUGAUCAGUACAGCAGAUACGUAUUGCCUGAAGUCAACAUGGCCGUCAACGGUGUAAACACCCAAGGUGAAAACAUCGCUGACAAUGGAGGCGUCAAGCAAGCGUUCAAAGCGUACAAGAGCAGCGUGAAGCGCUGGGGUCCCGAGCCGCACCUGCCGGGCCUGAACCUGACACACGACCAGCUCUUCUUUCUGACUUACGCCCAGAUCUGGUGUGGCACCACGAGGCCAGAGCACGCCGUCAAUACCAUCCGCACCGGAAACCACAGUCCAGGACGCUUCAGGGUUGUCGGCGUGGUGUCCAAUUCCGUUGACUUCGCCAGGGCCUACCACUGCAAACCGGACAGUCCCAUGAACCCAACGAAGAAAUGCGUCGUCUGGUAGAAAAAACAGCAUUACGCACCCGGACGGGGCCGAAAUCGGCGGAUGUUUCACCACUGCAAACAGAACUUUUCCGUCGGGGCUUAUCCCGCGGACGCUCGUCGCGUUCCUGACCGGCGCCAUCGCGACAAGGAUACGUCCUGCAGAAGUUCUGUCCUCAAGUCUACAGCUGUCGAAGCCUUCCCACACAUACUUGCCCACACUGAUCGCUUGCCGAGUCCUCACAUCAUCGCAACAAAAGUUACGCCCUGCCUCGCCAAGACCAUGCAGCGUUAUGAAAGCUCUAGCUGGCUUCAGCCAAUCAGGGGCAGAGUUAACAAAUCUCUCUUCAAGUAAUAACGGUUUCCGAUUCACCUUCGCCCGUCUGGCGGCCAGCCACGGAAAACAAACUACAUGCUUGCGAACAAAGAGGGAAUUGCGGCAAGCUUGGAUAGGCUUGUGCAGAAAGGACUAAAAGUAAUAUAAGUGGGUUCAUGCACGGUCUAUCGACGUGCUAUAUGUUUAGCCUUGUCUUUUGACCAAGCUUGUGCCAGCGAAUUCGUAUAAACUCAGCUCAGUACUUCCACAGCCCAGCUCGCACACGUCAUAGUUUUAGAGGUGCCGUCACUUUUGCUUGCAUCAGCACAGGCAUCAGUCCCGCCAUAUUUCCUUUGAGGCACGUUCUGGAGCAUGUAUGUAGCCGACGUACGGUACAGUAAUCAAGGCACAGACCUGCUAAUGACUAACCUUCCUUGCGCAUAUCUUUUAACAUCCGCUCUCUUGAAUUCCUGACGCCAGCUACAGCUUUACAAAGCGCUGCACGGUUUUUAUGUGGUAGUAUAUACAGUUGGAAGCGGGAGUUUUGCGGUCGAACAAGGAGCUGUUCCAGAUCUCACUCGGCUCCGUUCCCCAUUUACCGGCCCAUACAUUUUCGUCGCGGUAUCCUUUCUAAGGUUGCAUAUUUUCGUAUUCAGAGGCAACCGUUACCGGCGACUGCCUCAAGUAAUUGUAACAAACGUGCAGGUUUUGAUGUUUUGUUUACUUGUCACGAGGAGCACCUCAUGCGUAAUAUCACCGCCAGGCGUCGUUUAUGCCCUUAUCAGCACAUUGUUACCCUUCAGUGUUAAAAUACGCACUUUUAUACAUCUUACCAUACUACGAGUGCGUAGCCACACAUCCAUCAUGACGACUUCGAGUGGUGAAAAGUGCCCGUGAAUCGCUUGCAUCGACGACGUCAGGACCGCCAUCAUGGCGACCCAAAUGCAUAUUAGAAGGCAGCGCUCAUGUCUCAUCCACUUAUUUAUUCAAACAGAGCAGUGGAUAUUAAACAGGUCAUGGGCCCCCAUGUGGCCGAAUGUGCAAGGCGCCGCAUAACAAGACAGUUUGUGGACUUACUGUCGCGGACAUAUGUGGACUGAAACAAGGAUAAACUUCUCUGUACACACACUAAAGCAGUAAGAGAGGAUCGCAUACAUGCGCUCGUCACUUCUUGUUCACAACUCCAACUUCUGAGCUUGAUUGUUGGCAAUUCAAUUCUGUUGCCUGAUUAGUCAUUUUGUCGAUCCUUUUCUUAAACGGCAAGUGAAUAUAAACCUCGUAAAGGUGCCAAUGAUACCUCACAUCUUUAUUAAAACGUAGAAAGUGGGAAAAUAAGUUGCCCACAGGCAGGUUAUCUACAAAUCACGAUUAGAAGAUAAACAUUCCGAAGGAAAGUUCGUGUCGGAAGACGAAGCUAGAUACCGGUGAGCCUUCAGACGAUUAAGCUACUCUUAGUGCUUGUUUUUUUUUUUUCAUUCAAUAUUUAUUUUCUCAUAUUAGCAUGAGUCGGCGUUGCUGUUGGUAACGUAAGUCUGAACGCCAUUUCCCUUAUUAUGUAAAAAAUGUUUUGUUGUUGCGAUAUCCUUUCGACACUUCUGCCAUAGUAAUACACCUAGUCCGUUAGGGUGAGUUGUGUAUACUUCAAAAGUGAGACAGAAGGGAAAGCAUUGUUCAUAGCAUUGAUUUAUUGUCAAGUUUUGCCCUUAUACACUUUUCAGCAUUCAUUUAAGGAAAAAAAUUACAUCGUGUGUCUUAUUAUUGGGUUAUUUCAAGGCGACCUUGUUGUGAACCGCAACUGGACAGCAAAUGACAAUACUCAUUUGCAUUAUACCAGUAUUUCAAGAUUCUUUCUCGUGUUAAAAGAAAACGCAAUGCAGAAUCUUUGUAAAUGUCUGGCCACACAAUGGUGCGCAAAGAAAUGUGUAAAACCGGUCCUAGGUUUUAAAAUUGCUCCUACAGAAUUGGCUUUGCAUACCUUCGGUGGAAAGGGCUUUUGCUAGCUUUUAGAAUGUAGGCGUAACAUUUUUUCCCUUGGAUUUAUAACCCCAAACCACGGCACUCAGUAAUUAUUGGUGGAAUCGCAGACAUCACAUCAUCUUCACGUUAUUGAGGUCCAUUUCGAGCACGAAAAUUGCAUCAAUAUUGACAGGCUGAACGCUAUUGACUCAGGAAUGCAAGAGAAAUUCCUUUAUUUAUUAUUUUAUUUUGGGGGGAAACGAUGGGCAAGACACCACCAGAAGCUACUAGGAAGACACUACUAGAAGCGUGUUCUGCCAUUUAGCUUAACCUAACGCUUCCUUUUUCCAACUACAGCAAAAAUCAACAGUGCAGAGGCUACACUCCAGACAAUUCAUGUUUGACGCAUAACACCGACUGCUGUGAGAUCACUCUCUUAAAAGCUGUCUUUUACGACGCCGACUAGAGCGUGUUUGUAUGCUUUAUGCACUGUUCUGUAUGACCAUAUCGGUGAUCUUUUUUCUUGUUACAAAAUGUAAAAAUGAAGGCAAGAAAAAUGGUGACACUUCCAUGUUAAAAAAAGAAUGUUGUUGGCUGAUGUGCAUUGUUAAACACCAUUGGUUUCAUUACUGGCCAAUGUUUGCGGCCGCCAUUGCCUAUUCGCCAGACAUUUUUGUUAUCCUGACGUGCAUGACCUCCGAGAACUGAAAGCAUGCAAAGUCGGCGGCCACAUUCCCGGAGGUCAGGUAACUUGCAUUUUUACAUAGUUUUUCAAUGUCACCCCAUAAUAGCACAUUUGUUAUUUUCCUCUCUCGCUUUAUUUCCUAUUUGUUGUAUUUUCGUGCAGUCACCUCGUCAAAUUUGCAAGGCAGUUUGCUUAUUUUUGAUGCCAGAAGAGUUGCGAUCACUCUAUUCUUGUUGCUGUUGUCGUCAUUAAACCAUCUCUUUGUUUUUGUUAUUUAAAUAUCAGUCAAAAUCGUAUAUGUUAUUAUACACGCUGUUAGCCUGUCCAUCUUUGAAAAGAGAAAAGAAUUAAGCCACUAGUUUAUGCACGCCUUCACACCACGAAAACAGCAACGUUAGAAACCACACAAUUCAUUCCCGCUAGUUCCUUCUCUUCAUAUUUAUUAUUUUCUUAUUGUUCAAAUGCUUUAAAGUUUGCGGAUGCAUUCUCCGCCUCGUUCCUCCUACGCUCAUCACAAUUAACUUGCGUGUUUGUUACUGGCACAGAUCGAUGCCAGAAAAGCACUCCUGAUGGCAUUUCUUGUGUCGAAUGCUCUUUUCAGACGCUUGCAGAGGCGACAUAUGCUUGCUUAACUUGCAUAAAAGUCAUCAUAUCACCCAUUAUUUGAGCAGUAUUCAUUCGUUGCAACGGCAUCAGAAUGUCGGCGUUGAGGGGUUUUUAAAACUUCGCAUUCCCGCACUGUACACAUCGAUGUCACUUAUACUUCACUUCCCCCCCCCCUUAUAUUUGACGUCAUAUGCUACAUAACAGCGCACAGAGCGAGGCUAUAGUUACCGCGCAGUGCGAGAUGAACGAGGGAGUCAUUCCGACAGUCAUACAUAUGUAAAACAGUCAUCGUUGUAUACUGCAAUCAUUACCUGUGUACCUGUGGAAGGCACACCUACAGUCAUCCGUUCGCUUUACAACACGUGUUGAAAGAUUCGUUAAGGAAACCCUGUUUUUUGUAUACCUGUUACCUUCUUCACGUGAAAAUAAAGCGUUUGAUUUUUUGGUUC